AUGCCCGGGCAUCUCGGCUGCGGCGGGACGCGCGCGGCUCUGCACUCACCCGGGCCCGCAGCCCGCGAGCCUCGGACGCGGGCAGCCGCCGCCGCUCCGCCAGCCCCUCCACGUCAACCCGACCCGUGCAGCGAGCGGCCAGCGGCUGCAGAGGCUGGCGGGUCACGUGGGCGGGGAUUGUCUAAAGCCACAGGGAAAAUGGUGGAAAAUUCACCGUCGCCAUUGCCAGAAAGAGCGAUUUAUGGCUUUGUUCUUUUCUUAAGCUCUCAGUUUGGCUUCAUACUUUACCUUGUAUGGGCUUUCAUUCCUGAAUCGUGGUUAAACUCUUUAGGCUUAACUUACUGGCCUCAAAAAUACUGGGCCGUCACAUUGCCUGUCUACCUCCUCAUUGCUGUUGUGAUUGGUUAUAUCCUCUUAUUUGGUAUUAACAUGAUGAGCACAUCUCCCCUCAACUCCAUUCACACCAUCACAGAUAACUAUGCUAAAAACCAACAGUGGAAGAGCUACCAGGAAGACGCCAUCCCAGCCUUAAGAGAUGUGCCCAUUAGUGAAGUAAACAGAAUGUUCUUCCUUGAAGCUAGAGAACUUAACACCCAAAACUGAGCUGUGUGGAAGCAUCCUAACGCCAGAUAGUUACAAGUUUGGGGGCGAAUAACUUUGAACAUAAUUAUAUUGACUGUCCUUUUAAAACCCAAUGUUGGCAUGAAAGUUGAUUUCUUAGAUUGAGUUCAACUGAUGUUGUAAAUAUUUUCAAUUGACAGAAUGAAUAAAAUGCCACUUUCACUACA